CACGGGAACAUGGCGGCCGCAGCCUGGGCUCCCGCGGCGGCGGCGAAGGUCAGCGCCGACGGCUGCCGGCACCUGACGGCGUGACGGCCCCUCCGAAGCCUGACGUCUUGAUGGAAAUGAACCAUCUGGAAGGGCACCAAACCUACCUAUGCUGACACCAAGCCACAGCUGUACAGAUCAUGUUCCUGAGAGGCCAGUCUGCCAGGUGCUGUUUUACAACUUAAUAAAGCUUUGGCUAGAGAUUUCUCUUGGAUUUGGCUUCAAAUUGAUAUAUCUUCUGCGCUGUGUACAGGCACAGUUGCUGAUAUGUGUUCAAGAUGAGUGGGAUGGGAGAAAAUACCUCUGACCCAUCCAGGGCAGAGCCAAGAAAGCGCAAGGAAUGUCCUGACCAGCUUGGACCCAGCCCCAAAAGGAGCACUGAAAAACGUAAUCGUGAACAAGAAAAUAAAUACAUAGAAGAACUUGCAGAGCUGAUUUUUGCAAAUUUCAAUGAUAUAGACAACUUUAACUUCAAACCUGACAAAUGUGCAAUCUUAAAAGAAACUGUGAAACAGAUUCGCCAGAUCAAAGAACAAGAGAAAGCAGCAGCUGCCAACAUAGAUGAAGUGCAGAAGUCAGACGUCUCAUCCACAGGGCAGGGUGUCAUCGACAAAGAUGCACUGGGGCCUAUGAUGCUCGAGGCCCUUGAUGGGUUCUUCUUUGUAGUGAACCUGGAAGGCAAUGUGGUGUUCGUUUCAGAGAACGUGACACAGUAUCUAAGGUAUAACCAAGAAGAGCUGAUGAACAAAAGUGUCUACAGCAUCCUGCAUGUCGGGGACCACACUGAAUUUGUCAAGAACCUGCUGCCAAAGUCUAUAGUGAAUGGGGGAUCUUGGUCUGGUGAACCUCCGAGGCGGAACAGCCAUACCUUCAACUGUCGGAUGCUGGUGAAGCCUUUACCUGAUUCAGAAGAGGAAAGUCAUGAUAAUCAGGAAGCACACCAGAAAUAUGAAACUAUGCAGUGCUUUGCUGUGUCUCAACCAAAGUCCAUCAAAGAAGAAGGAGAAGAUUUGCAGUCCUGCUUGAUUUGUGUGGCACGAAGAGUCCCCAUGAAGGAAAGAACAGUUCUUCCCUCUUCAGAAAGCUUUACCACCCGCCAGGACCUCCAAGGCAAGAUCACUUCUCUGGACACUAGCACCAUGAGAGCCGCCAUGAAGCCCGGCUGGGAGGACCUGGUAAGAAGGUGCAUUCAGAAGUUCCACGCACAGCACGAGGGGGAGUCUGCGUCCUACGCGAAGAGGCAUCAUCAUGAAGUUCUGAGACAAGGACUGGCAUUCAGUCAAAUCUACCGUUUUUCUUUGUCCGAUGGCACACUUGUUGCUGCCCAAACGAAGAGCAAACUCAUCCGUUCUCAGACUACUAAUGAGCCUCAGCUCGUGAUAUCUUUGCACAUGCUUCACAGAGAGCAGAAUGUAUGUGUAAUGAAUCCGGAUCUGACUGGACAAGCUAUGGGGAAGCCAUUGAAUCCAAUUAGCUCUAGCAGCCCUGCCCAUCAGGCCAUGUGCAGUGGGAACCCAGGUCAGGACAUGACCCUCAGUAGCAAUAUAAAUUUUCCCAUAAAUGGCCCAAAGGAACAAAUGGGCAUGCCCAUGGGCAGGUUUGGUGGUUCUGGGGGCAUGAACCAUGUAUCAGGCAUGCAAGCAACCACUCCUCAGGGUAGUAACUAUGCACUCAAAAUGAACAGUCCCUCACAAAGCAGCCCCGGCAUGAACCCAGGGCAGCCCACCUCCAUGCUCUCACCAAGGCAUCGCAUGAGCCCCGGCGUGGCUGGCAGCCCUCGCAUCCCACCCAGUCAGUUUUCCCCUGCAGGAAGCUUGCAUUCCCCCGUAGGAGUUUGCAGCAGCACAGGAAAUAGCCAUAGUUACACCAACAGUUCCCUCAAUGCACUUCAAGCCCUCAGCGAGGGCCAUGGGGUCUCAUUAGGGUCAUCGUUGGCUUCACCGGACCUAAAAAUGGGCAAUUUGCAAAACUCCCCAGUUAAUAUGAAUCCUCCCCCACUCAGCAAGGUGGGAAGCUUGGACUCCAAAGACUGUUUUGGACUUUAUGGGGAACCAUCGGAAAGUACAACUGGACAAGCGGAGAGCAGCUGCCACCCUGGAGGGCAGAAGGAGCCAAAUGAUUCCAGCAUGGCCCAGGCGGCCAGCGGGGAGAGAGCCGAGGGGCAGAACCGGCUGCACGACAGCAAAGGGCAGACCAAGCUCCUGCAGCUGCUGACCACCAAGUCCGACCAGAUGGAGCCGUCACCUUUGCCCAACUCUUUGUCAGACACAAGCAAGGACUCCGCAGGUAGCUUGCCUGGACCUGGGUCCACACAUGGGACCUCGCUCAAGGAGAAGCAUAAGAUUUUGCACAGACUCUUACAGGACAGCAGUUCCCCUGUGGACUUGGCCAAGCUAACAGCAGAAGCCACGGGCAAAGAACUGAGUCAGGAGUCCAGCAGCACAGCUCCUGGGUCAGAAGUGACUGUCAAACAGGAGCCAGUGAGCCCCAAGAAGAAAGAGAAUGCACUACUUCGUUAUUUGCUUGAUAAAGAUGAUACUAAAGAUAUUGGUUUACCAGAAAUAACCCCCAAACUUGAGCGACUGGACAGUAAGACAGACCCUGCCAGUAACACAAAACUAAUAGCUAUGAAAACUGUGAAGGAGGAGAUGAGCUUUGAGCCCAGUGACCAGCCUGGCAGCGAGCUGGACAACUUGGAAGAGAUUUUGGAUGAUUUGCAGAAUAGUCAAUUACCACAGCUUUUCCCAGACACAAGGCCAGGCGCCCCUGCUGGAUCAGUUGACAAGCAAGCCAUCAUCAAUGACCUCAUGCAACUCACCGCCGACAGCAGUUCUGUCACACCUGUUGGAGCCCAGAAAGCAGCACUGCGAAUGUCACAGAGCACUUUUAAUAACCCACGACCAGGGCAACUGGGCAGGUUAUUGCCAAACCAGAAUUUACCACUUGACAUCACAUUGCAAAGCCCAACUGGUGCUGGACCUUUCCCACCAAUCAGAAACAAUAGUCCCUACUCAGUGAUACCUCAGCCAGGAAUGAUGGGUAACCAAGGGAUGAUAGGAAGCCAAGGAAACUUAGGGAACAGUAGCACAGGAAUUAUUGGUAGUAACACUUCCCGGCCCACCAUGCCUUCUGGGGAAUGGGCACCACAGAGUUCGGCUGUGAGAGUCACUUGUGCUGCUACCACCAGUGCCAUGAACCGACCAAUUCAAGGAGGCAUGAUUCGGAACCCAACAGCCAGCAUCCCCAUGCGAGCCAACAGCCAGCCUGGCCAAAGACAGAUGCUUCAGUCUCAGGUCAUGAACAUAGGGCCUUCUGAGUUAGAGAUGAACAUGGGAGGACCGCAGUAUAGCCAGCAACAAGCUCCUCCAAAUCAAACUGCUCCAUGGCCUGAGAGCAUCCUGCCUAUAGACCAGGCAUCUUUUGCCAGUCAGAACAGUUUGUCUUUUUACAGGCAGCCAUUUGGCAGCUCCCCUGAUGACCUGCUGUGUCCACAUCCUGCAGCCGAGUCUCCAAGUGAUGAGGGAGCACUCCUGGACCAGCUCUAUCUGGCCUUGCGGAACUUUGAUGGCCUGGAGGAGAUCGAUAGAGCUUUGGGAAUACCAGAACUGGUCAGUCAGAGCCAAGCAGUAGAUCCAGAACAGUUCUCAAGUCAAGAGUCCAACAUCAUGCUGGAGCAGAAGGCCCCUGUUUUCCCACAGCAGUAUGCAUCUCAGGCACAAAUGGCCCAGGGUAGCUACAAUCCCAUGCAAGAUCCAAACUUUCACAACAUGGGACAACGGCCUAGUUACGCCACACUCCGUAUGCAGCCCCGACCAGGCCUCAGGCCCACAGGCCUAGUGCAGAGCCAGCCAAAUCAACUGAGACUUCAGCUUCAGCAUCGCCUCCAAGCACAGCAGAAUCGCCAGCCACUUAUGAAUCAAAUCAGCAAUGUUUCAAAUGUGAACUUGACUCUGAGGCCUGGAGUACCAGCACAGGCCCCUAUUAAUGCACAGAUGCUGGCUCAGAGGCAGAGGGAAAUCCUCAACCAGCAUCUUCGGCAGAGACAAAUGCAUCAACAACAGCAAGUGCAGCAGCGAACUUUGAUGAUGAGAGGACAAGGGUUGACUAUGACCCCAAGCAUGGUGGCUCCUAGUGGCAUACCAGCAGCCAUGAGCAAUCCCCGGAUUCCUCAGGCCAAUGCCCAGCAGUUUCCAUUUCCUCCAAACUACGGAAUAAGUCAGCAAUCUGAUCCUGGCUUCACUGGGGCUGCAACUCCCCAGAGUCCACUAAUGUCACCCCGGAUGGCACAUACCCAGAGCCCCAUGAUGCAACAGUCUCAGGCCAAUCCAGCCUAUCAGGCCCCCUCAGACAUGAAUGGAUGGGCACAGGGAAACAUGGGUGGAAACAGCAUGUUUUCACAACAGUCCCCACCACACUUUGGGCAACAAGCAAACACCAGCAUGUACAAUAACAACAUGAACAUCAAUGUCUCCAUGGCAACCAACGCAGGUGGCAUGAACAACAUGAACCAGAUGACAGGACAGAUCAGCAUGACCUCAGUGACCUCUGUGCCUACGUCAGGGCUGUCCUCCAUGGGUCCCGAGCAGGUUAAUGACCCUGCUCUGAGGGGAGGCAACCUUUUCCCAAACCAGCUACCUGGGAUGGAUAUGAUCAAGCAGGAGGGAGAUGCAUCGCGGAAAUACUGCUGACCCUGCAGGUAGCUGUUUGCUUCUUUCUUCAGCCCCCCCUGGGCUCACUUGUUCAAAACACUUACCAGUCUGGAGAACAGCCUCUCUUUGUUUCGACCCACCUGACCUGCCGCCAGUUCUCCCAGGACAUGAUCAGCAGACAGCUGGGCCCUGGCCCCCAGUAUGGAACGGGCUGGCUCGGCUGCCACUGGAGGAGCUGCCUCUCCUGACAGCCCAAAGCUCCCGUCCAGACCAUCGCUCAGUCUGUUCACUGCAUUCACCUUAGUGCAACUUAGAUCUUUCCUGCAAAGUCAAUGUCGACAGGCAAACUGCAUACCCAUUCAGAUUGAAUGUAUUUAAGUGUAUGUUUCUAAGGAGAAUCGUGCUCUUGUUCUGUUCCUGUUCGGUUCCAGACACUGGUUUCUUGCUUUGUUUUCCUUGGCUAAGCAGUCUAGUACAAAGGAUUAAGAGCUCAUCUGGAGGAAAGAAAAUAAAUUUUUUAACAAAAUCAAAUGCCAGGUGUUCUGAGCUAAAGCCUGCAUUUGGGGUGGAAGCAGGCAGACACCACGGACAGCGCUGUAUUUACUGACACACCCAUUGAGACCAAGAAAGGCAGUUGUAUCGUUACAGAAAGCUAGCAGCCAUGUACGAGGAGUGUCCGGCUUUGGAACAGAUUGAAAAGGAGCCUGGAAGAAGGCUGACAGUAACAACAUCUGUUCUGUGGUGUUUCUCUUUGUUACAGUAGUUCCCCUAAAUCAUGAGUCAAGAAGAAAUGCUUUGUAUUUCUAAAUUAAGUUCUCCUUAGAUGGAUCAGAUAGCUUCAUUCCAGGCUCUCCUUCCCCUCUGACCCUGACCCCUCCCCUCCCUCUCUUGCCCCUCCUACUUUCAAAAACAGUAUAAGCUACAGAAACCAGGUAAGCCCUCUGUUUCCAUCAAUGUUUUGCCAGCCACUUAUCAAUUGCGUUGUCUCAGAAAAAUGCAUUUACUGUCUGUCGAGAAGAAGAGCAAAGUUAAGACUUGAUGCCAGUCAGGCUGCAUCUGCUUUGGAAGUGGCUGUUCUGUCCCCAGCAACUCUGGCCUCCAAAACAGGAGAAAAUACUAGUGCAUCGAAAUUGACAGCAGAUACCACGACAGAUUUAACCUCUGCCAUGUGUUUUUUAUUUUGUUUUGUAGCAGUGCUGAUGAAGCCGAAGUUUUGUAAGGUACAUAAAAUCCAAUUUAUAUGUAAACAAGCAAUAAUUUAAGUUCUGAACUUAAGGUUUUAACUGUAUGAUUUUUGUGAGGUAUACAUAUUGUGGAAUUGACUCAAACGAGGUACUUCAGUAUUAAAUUAGAUAUCUUCAUAGCAAUGUCUCCUAAAGGUGUUUUGUAAAGGCUGUCCGUGCCCUGAUUAGACCUAAUUUGUAGAUUUAAGACUUUUUAUUUUCUAAACCUUGUGAUCCUGCUCAUAAAUCAUUUAUCUAAUCUAUAUGAUAUGCAGCUGCUGUAGGAACCAAUUCUUGAUUUUUAUAUGUUUAUAUUCUUUCUUAAUGGACCUUAGACUACAUGUUACUAAGCAGGCCACUUUUAUGGUUGUUUUUCUUGCCCACUCUGGUAGGGGAAAAAUAUUUUAUUAAUUGGUGUCAGUUUCAGGCGACUACAAUACUAAGAAACUGAUGACCUUUUUGAGCAAUUCUCCCCAAUCCCUGAUACAUAUACUUUGUUACCUAAAUUUCAGAAUAUCUUUUUGAUGUCUAAAAAACAAAGCAUUUUUAUAAUAUCUCAUUAGUCAAGCUUUUUAGGAACACAGAAGUUUUUCCUUGAAAUUUGAUUGCUUGUUUAUUCUUGGCAGGGUGAAAAAUAUAUACACUACCCUAUUCAUAUUAUAUCUCUCUAUAUAUCUGCAGCUUAUGGAAAUAUAGAAAGAGAUAUAACCCAAAGAGAAAUGGUAAGUAGAGAGUCUGAAGUGUUGCUCCAUGCUAAAGGAACUUUCUGGAAAUUUGCAUUUCGAUAAUUUUUUCCACUUUGAGGGGGAUCUCAAUACAGGGAAGGUGGCCAAGGGACAGCACUUCUCAGUGGCCACCAGUUCAUAUGUUCCCUCAAAAGGCUCUGCUCUUCUCCAUUGGGUUACCCAGUUAUGCUGGCAGAAGCCAGCAGAUGAGAGCCUGGAACUCCAGGGCUUCAUCCCAGUGAUGAGGCGCAUGUGGUACACAACCAAAUGUGACCAGUUUUCAGUUAAUUUUUUUUAGAAUAUGUGAAGUAGGAUAACUUUUAACUUCACGCAGCACAAAAGAGGAAAUGGAAUUUAAAACAGAUUUGUUUUAAGUUUUAAAUCCUUUUUCAUAUUAACACCAUCCAAAACUAUAUAUCUUUCAAUGUUUAUCCAUCCACCCACUGUGUUUGAAUGUCAAUCCCAAGUCAGACAGAUGUGCAGACCUGUGACACUGGCAGUUUAAAAAUAACCCAUGAUCAUGACUUGAAGAAGAAGAGAGCAUAAAUUCUGUUAUGGUUCAGAUCAGGUAAUGAGUUCUGUUUUAUAUCUAAUUAGGAGAAGAAAAUAAAUGAAGGAAUCCUCUGAUCAUAUUGAUCGCAUAGAAGCAAAAGCCAAAUCAAUUCCCUUCGUUAUCAGUAUUUCUCAUGCUGUGCACAAUAAAUUGGUUAGACUGAGUACUUGGUUUUUUUUUUUAAUAGAACAAAAUAAUCAGUGUUUUACUUUAUUUCUCAAUGUGAAAAACAUAAUGUGAAAAGUACAUUAACUUGGUUGUAAAACCCAUUUAAGUGUUCAUGUAAUGUGGUAAGUUUAAAAAGUGAAGCG